AUGACAUUCUGUAUUUACACCAAGAAUUUCGAAAGGGCAGCAGUGAACAUCUUCGACGUCAGCUACAUCAUGGCCGCGUUUCUCUCUCAAAGGGCAACACAAACCGUGCGCACAUUAGAUCUACCCUGGAGGUUUGCUCCUCGAGCGCAGUACGACCCAGACAACAACCCUUCAGGGAUCAUUUCAUUUGCGACGGCGGAGAAUGCCCUGGUUACCGACGACGUGGUGGACUUUGCGAAGAAGCAUGCCACCAUAUCGGCCGAGCAUUUCCUCUACCGUGGCACCCAAGCUGGCGGCAUCCGAUUUCCACGCGCCCUCGCUGCCCACCUAAACGAGUAUCUCCAACCUCACGCACCCAUCACACCCGACAUGAUCCAAUGCGUCGGCGCCGCUACAGCCAUGCACGAUAUCCUAGCAUGGAGCGUCGCCGACCCCGGCGAUGGCGUGCUGACCAGCCGACCCGUGUACGGCCGCUUCGAGCUCGACUUUGGAAACAAGUCCCAGGCCAGAAUCGUGUAUGCGGACACGGAUGCUGAAAACUGCUUCGACGAAACAGUCGUGGACAGGUUUGAGGAGGCGUUGGAGAGGUCGAAUGUUGAGGGUGUCAAGGUGAAGAUGGUCUUGAUAGUCAACCCCAAUAACCCCCUAGGGAAAUGCUACCCAAGAGGGACCCUCGUCAAAAUCAUGCAAUUUUGUCAAAAGCAUCGGUUGAACCUCCUGAGUGACGAAAUCUACGCCUGCUCCGUCUUCGAAACUGACGACCCCAACACCACCCCAUUCACGUCUAUCCUCUCCAUCGACGCGACAGAUCUCAUCGACCCGGACCUCCUCCACGUAACAUACGGUCUUAGCAAGGACUUUGGCGCCGCGGGUCUCCGCCUCGGUGCCAUCAUCACGCGGAGUCGACCCGUCCUGCGCGCCAUCGAGGGCGUCAUGCGCUUCCACAACCCCUCAGGUGCCAGCCUCGCCAUUGGUACCGCCAUUUUGGAAGAUAGGCCAUGGUGUCGUACCUUCAUCGAAUCCUCCCGGGCGAAGCUCGCAGCCGCACAAGCACAUGUGACACGUGGGUUGAGCGAGAUGGGCGUGCAGUAUCUGUCCAGGAGCAAUGCCGGGUUCUUUUUGUGGGUUGACUUGUCGCCAUAUCUGCCCAUCGAGCUGGGUGGAGAGACAAACGCCGAGUUUGCGCUGGCGAGGAAAUUGGUGGAUGCGGGUGUGUUUCUGCAUCCGAGAGAAGAGCAUUCGCUGAAGCCGGGGUGGUUUCGCCUUGUGUACACGCAAGAUCCGGCAACCGUCACAGAGGGACUGAGAAGGAUUAAAGAAGCCAUAUCUUGA